UGACUUUAGUUACUAACUUAACUGACUUUAGCGUUAACUUUAGCAUUUUUACUCUGUUCACUUUAGCAAUGACUGUGAAACUUUAGGAGCUAUAGUUCCUGUGUUGACAACAUAUGUUGUGAGCUACAGCAGCCGUUAACUUCAGCUGCUACAUUAGCCACAUUUCACUUCAGCAGCUACGGUACAGUAGUUGUUUAAACUGAGCUGCUAACUCUAGCUACAAUAGCUGUUUGGCUGAAGCAACUUCAGGAGCAAUUUAACGCACAAAAAAAAAACUGUUUCCACCCGGUCUCGAACCGGGGACCUUUCGCGUGUUAGGCGAACGUGAUAACCACUACACUAUGGAAACGCAUAAAAUGGCGAGUACCCCAGCAAAACACCUAUAAUAGCUAUUGGUUUUACGCUAGCAUUAGAGCUAUGUUUGAUAUAAGCAGCUCAUUUUUACAGCUACAGAAGCUAACCAUUAAAAACGUCAAAACGUAAUAAAUAUUUGACUUUUAAUAAAGUAAUAUAAAAGUACUAAAGUACUGUAUAACUUUGGCAACUGUUCAGUUUUGAGUUAGUUGUGACUCUGUUUGUAGAAACGACGAGGCCCCGAAUGCAACACCAAGAUGGCUUCUUAUCACAACGAAUGUCUCUGAGAAACACGAUUAAUCAGACGCCGGUGACAGCAUCGAAAUACCUGAUCGAGGGGAGGCCGGCAUGGGCGGAGCCUUGUGUAAGGCAGAGGUGGAGGAGGAGAAGAGGAGCGAGGGGAGGGAGGAGAGUUUGACAUCAGUGGACAGAAUCAGACGAAUAACUGUCAAACAGUUUGGAUACAACGUCCUGAGUCUGGCUCGGAGAGGACUGAAGGAGGUUCCAGUUGAGCUGUGGGAGCUGCUGGAGCUGGAGAAGCUGAAUUUGUCCCUCAACAGUCUAGAGAUUCUCCCUCCUUCACUGUCUCUUCUCCCUAACCUGGUGGUUCUCAACUUGUGGGGCAACAAGCUCAGCAGCCUUCCUCCAGAGAUCGGCCAGUUGAGGAAUCUCCGUGUUUUAUUCGCCUACAGGAACAAACUCGUGGAGGUUCCUGAAGAACUGGGAGCCUGCACACAACUAGAGGUUCUGAGUUUGGCCAACAACCAGCUGACUUCACUCCCAGCGUCUCUGUCAAACUUGACCCAACUCAGGAAACUCAACCUCAGCCACAAUCACAUCACUCACCUGCCAGGCUGCGUCUACAACAUGAAGGAGCUGGUGUUUCGUCACCUGGCCUUUAACCAACUGGAGAGCCUGGCUGAGAACAUCCAGGCUCUGGUAGAACUCAGGAUUCUCAUCAUGGAGGGCAACAGUCUUCACUCACUGCCAAAGGCUCUCUGCUGUCUGACCAGGCUGGAGCUCUUGAACUUGGAUUUUAAUGACAUUAAAGAUGUUCCACAGGAGCUCCACCAACUGGCCAGUCUGGAGAAGUUAGCGUGUCACCCUCUGGACAAAGGUCUCCACAUCGUUCACAACCCACUGCUGAAGCCACUGAAGGAGGGGCUGCAGGGCGGACUCUCGGGGGCAGCAAGAGAAAGGGAAAAAAACUUUGUCCUGAAAUCUGAAACUCCGACACAUGUGGCUCUCAAUUAG